ACUACGGUUCUUGAGUGGCUGAAGCAAACUACUAGACUAAGGUUCUUGAGUGGCUUGCAACUGAGAUCGAAACAAACCACUAGACUACAGUUUUUGAGUGACUUGCAACUGAGAUCGAAGCAGACCACUAGACUAAGGUUCUUGAGUGACUUGCAACUAAGAUCGAAGCAAACCACUAGACUAAGGUUCUUGAGUGACUUGCAACUGAGAUCGAAGCAAACCACUAGACUAAGGUUCUUGAAUGGCUUGCAACUGAGAUCGAAGCAAAUCACUAGACUAAGGUUUUUGAGUGGCUUGCAACUGAGAUCGAAGCAAACUACUAGACUAAGGUUCUGGAGUGGCUUGCAACUGAGAUCGAAACAAACCACUAGACUACAGUUUUUGAGUGACUUGCAACUGUGA